AUGCCCCAGGCGCUUGCCGGUAUGGGGGCAUGGUCGGAGCAUGGAGGGGGUGUUCCAGGGACGUUCCGGAGCAUGGGUGUGACAUUCCGGGUGGAACGAGGCGAGUUGGUCAUUGCCCGUAUCCUGCAUGGUGGCAUGAUUGACCAGCAAGGGCUACUGCAUGUGGGUGACAUCAUUAAGGAGGUGAACGGCCAGGAGGUGGGCAGUGACCCACGGGCACUGCAGGAGAUGCUGAAGAAUGCCAGUGGGAGCGUCGUGCUCAAGAUCCUGCCAAGUUACCAGGAGCCGCACCCGCCUCGCCAGGUCUUUGUGAAAGCCCACUUUGACUAUGACCCGGCCACUGACAAUCUCAUCCCUUGCAAAGAGGCUGGGCUCAAGUUCAUCGCAGGAGAUCUCCUUCAGAUCGUCAACCAGGACGACCCCAACUGGUGGCAGGCCUGCCACGUGGAGGGCGGAAGUGCGGGGCUCAUCCCCAGCCAACUACUGGAGGAGAAGCGCAAGGCUUUUGUGAAGCGUGACCUUGAGGUCACACCAUCAUCAGUUGCCUUGUGCGGAAGUCUCAGUGGGAAGAAGAAGAAGAGGAUGAUGUAUCUGACCACAAAAAACGCAGAGUUUGACCGCCAUGAGCUCUUGAUCUACGAAGAGGUGGCACGCAUGCCUCCGUUCCGCAGGAAAACAUUGGUGCUCAUCGGCGCUCAGGGGGUUGGCCGCCGCAGUCUGAAGAACAAGCUCAUCAUGUCCGAUCCAUCUCAGUAUGGAACCACUAUCCCAUACACUUCCCGAAGGCCCAAGGAGCACGAGCAGACAGGGCAGGUGUAUUGCUUUGUGACUCGGAACGAAAUGGAGGUGGACAUCAAAGCAGGGCGCUACCUGGAGCACGGCGAGUAUGAGGGGAACCUCUAUGGGACCAAGAUUGACUCCAUCCAUGAAGUCAUCGAGUUGGGCAAGAUGUGCAUUCUGGAUGUCAACCCACAAGCCGUGAAGGUUUUGAGGACCGCCGAGUUCGUCCCCUACGUGGUGUUCAUCGAAGCGCCUGAUUUUGAGACGCUACGUGCCAUCAACAAGGCAGCUCUGGAGAGUGGCGUGGCCACCAAGCAACUGACGGACGCUGACCUGAAACGGACAGUGGACGAGAGCUGCCGGAUCCAGCGCGGCUACGGGCAUUACUUCGACCUCUCGUUAGUCAACGACAACAUGGAACGGACAUUCCAGCAGCUGCAGCAGGCCCUGGAGAAGCUGCACAACGAGCCACAGUGGGUUCCUGUCAGCUGGGUUUACUAGAGGGGGAGUCUUUGCUCUUUCUCUUCCUCCCCUAACCUCCGGCGGCCUUGGCUCUUCACAUCUCCCCCUUCGGCCAAGGAACCCGGACUUCUCACCUGCUCCCAAUCAAGUCUCCUACUUGGCAACCUGUUCCUUUCCCAACACCGGCUCACAGUAGCCAAGCCAAUCCCACUGGAGCAGAGUUGGUUUUGUUAGCCCCCCACCCCCCUUUUCAAGGACGGUGCUUCCUCAGUCCAUUCCAGAAAACCUCCAGCUCACCCAGGACUGUUUUCUACUACCGCCACAGAUAGGUCAACGCUCUCUGGUUUUCCCUCCAUCGCAAAGGCGGGAAGUCCUUUCACGAGGAAUCGAGUGAGCAGGGCUACCAAAUGCCCACAAUGCCUUGCAACAUCUUGUGGGGAUGAUUUUGGUCACUGACCGGCCUCAAGUCUGACGGGGAGGGGAAACGGCGCCUCUCUAGCCACAGCUAAGCCACUGCCGAAAAGCUCUACUGUACAGAAGGAACCGCUCUUGAUUUUGCCAAAAGAACUGCCAGGCUGUGUUUCUUUUCUCACUAAAAAAAACGAAAGGAAAAAAAAGAGGCAUUCCUACCCAUUGCUUGGCUAGUGCAAUACCACUGUGGGAUUUUUUUUUUGGGGGGGGGGGUUAUUAAAGGGAAACUGGGAGCCCACCCUUUCAAAGUUUGUGAGCCCUUCUGAAUGAAGAUGGGACAGGGUAACCUUACGUUAAGAACUUUGGUUUGGACUCUAAAAGCCAACAGAUUCAAGUCGCUGUUUGUGAUCCUAGGACAGUGGUGGCCAACCUUUGGCACUCCAAUUGGCCAUGCUGGAAGGGGCUGAUGGGAAUUGUAGACCAUAACAUCUGGAGUGCCAAAGGUUGGCCACCACUGUCCUAGGGGACCCAGGCACUUCAAUUGCAAACACCAAACUUCGCUUCAGUUUUUCUAUCACUAAAACGGCUCUGACUUUUUAAUUUAUUUGCACUGUCUGGAGGCUAUUUGCAAAGUGGAGUCCCCUUGCCAAAUCUGUAGUAGGGGAAGCUGUUUGAUGUUUAGAACUGGAAACCACACGUGGGCGGGUUUGCGGCUUUGCGAAGAUUCUGUUGGGUUGCCCCGUUGGGGGUGGGGGUGGGGUCAGGUAGGGAAAAAACCCAAGAUGAUUUUAAUUUCCCCACCUCAUUCCUUUCUCAUAAGCCCUGCCUCAUUCUGGAAACUGAUUUCCGGGCCACUAUUCCUGGAUCACCAGUCUCACACUUCCCCGCUGGAUCAUACUGCCUCCAAAUUGACCGUGGCUUUUAGA